CACAAUGCGGUUGCAUGAUAAAAAAAUUGYAAAUUGUUUGACAUUAAGUGAAUGAUAUUAAGCCGUAAGUUGCAAGUGAAAUUWGUGCUCCAAUAUAUGCUUAAUACAGUCAUAAUGGAUAUCGACAAUACUCUACUGCUGCCGAAUAGCGAGCACAAAUCUGACAUAAAGACUCCAUUUCUAAUUGGUGUGGCUGGUGGAACUGCCAGUGGAAAAUCGACAGUAUGCAAAAAAAUCAUGAUACAACUAGGGCAAGCCGACAUGGAACAAGCACAACGACAAGUUGUGUCCAUAAGUCAAGACAGCUUCUAUCGUGAGCUAACGCCCGCUGAGAAAGCCAAAGCGAAGAAGGGCCUAUUCAAUUUCGAUCAUCCUGAUGCAUUCAAUGAAAAUUUAAUGUAUGAUACGUUGCAGGAAAUAUUGAAGGGCAGAAUAGUGAAAGUGCCCUGCUACGAYUAUCGCUCAAAUUCGCUUGAUCAUGAAAACAAGCUUACCAUUUAUCCGGCUGAUGUGGUAUUAUUCGAGGGCAUACUCGUAUUUUAYUUUCCUAAAAUACGCGACCUCUUUCACAUGAAACUCUUCGUUGAUACGGAUUCUGAUACGCGUUUGGCGCGCAGAGUGCCGCGUGAUAUCAACGAGCGUGGGCGUGAUUUGGACGCAGUGCUGACUCAGUAUAUGACAUUUGUCAAGCCUGCCUUUGAAGAGUUUUGCUCACCGACUAAAAAAUUCGCAGAUGUUAUAAUACCGCGCGGUGCUGAUAACACGGUUGCCAUUGAUCUCAUUGUACAUCAUAUCGGAGAAAUUCUUAGACCCGGCGGCAGCACUAACAACCUAAAUGCCUACUCGUCAGUGCACACAGCAAUAAAUAAUACAGCUGACGGCAUGGUGCGCGAACACUAGAAUUAAAUAGAUAAACAAUUAGGCAAACCARAAUAAACACAAAUACAUACAUACAUGUGUAUACCUAAUAAUAAGAUAGGAUCAAAACGAUUGGCAAAUUAAUUAGACGAGCAAAUAUUUACAUACCAACACACAUUCAUGCAUACAUACAGGCGCACAAGUGCCCAUGUGUCGCGUUGUAUAAGUUCGAGAGUGUGCUAAGCACACUGUCAGCACCCUUGAAGUUGAAAACUACAAAAAAAAAAAAAGGCCGCACAAUAUAAAAAAAUAUUCUGCAAAUUAAUUAACCACUGCGCUGUCUCUCCUUUUUGUAAUUUUUCAUAGCAUUAAGCAUAACAGUAGCUCUUGGCAAAAUGUUUGUGAGCGUGUUAAUUUCGCAGAAAAUUAAACAAAAUAAAAUUUUGUGAACAUU